GAACCAUCAGAGAUGAAAAAUCACACACAAGUGACAGAGUUCAUCCUCCUGGGAUUGUCAGAUGAUCCAGAGAUUCAAAUUGUCAUUUUAUUCUUUCUCUUACUUGCUUACAUACUCAGUAUUGCUGGGAACUUGACCAUCAUCAUCCUUACCCUCUUGGAUUCUCACCUCCAAACCCCAAUGUAUUUCUUCCUGCGCAAUUUCUCCUUCAUAGAAAUUUCAUUUACAACUGUCUGUAUUCCUAAGUUCUUGAGCACCAUCAUUACUGGAGAUAAGACCAUUUCCUAUAAUUGCUGUAUGACUCAGUUGUUUUUUCUCAUUCUCAUGGGAGUAACUGAAUUUUAUCUACUAGCAGCCAUGUCCUAUGACCGCUAUGUUGCCAUCUGCAGACCCUUACAUUACAUAACCAUUAUGAGCAGCAGAGUUUGCACUUUGCUUGUCUUCUGCUCAUGGUUUGUUUCAUUCAUGGUCAUUUUCCCACCACUCAUAAUGAUGCAGGAACUUGACUAUUGUGCUGGUAAUAUAGUUGAUCAUUUCACCUGUGACUAUUCUCCCCUCUUACAACUAUCCUGUACAGAUACUCAGUUCUUAGAGACACUGGGCUUUUCAUGGGCUCUGGUAACUCUUAUGGUCACACUGGCACUAAUAAUUCUCUCAUACAUAUAUAUCAUCCAAACAAUUCUGCGGAUCCCCUCUAUCAGUCAGAGAAAAAAGGCCUUUUCUACUUGUUCUUCUCAUGUGAUUGUCAUCUCCAUUUCUUAUGGCAGCUGCAUCUUCAUGUACAUCAAACCCUCAGCAAAAGAUAGAGUAUCUUUGAGCAAAGGAGUUGCUCUGCUAUAUACUUCAGUAACCCCCAUGUUGAAUCCCUUUAUUUAUAGUCUAAGGAAUCAGCAAGUGAAACAAGCCUUCAUGGAUAUGAUACGGAAGAUUGUAUUUUCUACAAAAAAAUGA